UCAGAUGAUGACUAGGUUAUAUAAAAGGCCGAUGUUUGGAAGUGUGUAGUUUAUAAAGAGCUCAUUUCGGGACUGCCGACUACGACCGCCAACAAUUUACAACAGGAUUACUAACGAUGGAGCUAGCGAUAUUUGUGGUCAUAUGUGCAGCGGGGAUUGUGACGGGAUUCCGUCCUGGCAAACCCAUAUACAAUAUCAAGAACGGCGGCGGAGCAGGAAACUACGGCCCAAUGGCGGGUGGAUGGGGAGGCAACAACAACAUCUACGUACGGCCUAAGCCACUAAUCAAGAAGCCCCAGCCACCACCAGCGUUUAUCCCAAAUGGAUAUGGAGGCCCGCAGUACUGUUGGUGUGCACCCAAAUGUGUCGACGUCCAGUUCAUAGGUCCAUGCCCAAACUGCCUAGGGUGCAAUAUGCAGUUCUGUUGUUCGUCUAAGCCCCCUCAAAAAGUGAUGGGACCAACUGCCACAUGCGCUUGUCAAGGGCGAUGCCAGGUUAAACAGACAUUCCUGGGCCCGUGUCCCUUCUGUGGCAACAAUGGCUGUGAUAGUUCCUUCUGCUGCAACCUCAACCAAAUGCCCCCAGUGGGACCAGGGUGCAGAUGCCAGGGCGUCUGUGGGUACGGGCAGACUAUCAUGGGACCAUGCCCCUGGUGCAAGAAGGACUGCACAAAUAAACUACUCUGUUGUGGAGCCGGCAAGAAAGGAUAGAGAUCGCUCAAGCUCGAUUCGAAUAAUUAUCCCGAAUAAAAUAAUGUGAAUAUUUUAACUACUGUUUUAUUCACUGCCAUGUUGUAUAAGAUCAUACUAUAUUCUGUUAUAAUAGCCUUCGGCAUACGAGCCCUGAUGGUAUUAUUAAAGAAGACUGUUUCGUCAGGAGUGCUGCAAUAUAAGUUCAAGGAGCUAUUUUAAUACCUCAAUAGAUAUGUCUAUAGUUAUCUUUAUUUUUCGAGAUAAAUUAUAACUAACAGCAUAAUUUAUCCGUGUGCCAUGUCUUGCAAUGUAAAUAACCCAUUACAAUUAUAACAUUCAGCUUUAUUCUGUACUGUGUUUUAUUGUUUUUUUUAACAGGUCUUAAUCUUUUAUGGCAGCAGUUUUAAUAGAAUGUGAAAUCAAACUAAAAAAAAACAUCAUAUUACAUGUACAUACAUCAAGAAAUAAAUGAGAAAAAUAUUAA